GUCGUUUUCACUCUCCUGCCCUCUUUCGCUCGCUCGGGUGUUCCGGAGAUGCUUGAGAAGCUUGUCCGUCGCCGAUCCUAGUUUCCCCAGCUUCGAUCGCGUUCGGUUCGUUGCUUCCGCCCGAGAAAGUUCGCAUUUUUGACGCGCUUCGGUGGCGGUUUUCUUGCUUCCGCACGAUCACAUUCAUUUCAGCGAUACUCGACUGAGCUGAAUCGCGACGGUUUUCUUCUCCUCUCGUCGCUCCGAUUCAUAGCUGUUUGGUCGGUGUACUUCGGUUGAGCGUGAGUGCCUUGGUUAUCAGCGGGAGAUUGUGAGAGUUUUUUGGCUGAUUCGUCGUCUUUCCUUUUUGGGGCUGUUCAGUCAUCGAUUGGAGUGAGGACAGAAAAGCUGGGGUUUUUGUCUUUUCCUUCUCGAUUUGGGAGGAUGGUGACUGGACGAUGAACGAUGCCAGUACGCCGUAGUGGCGCGCGCAAGGGCCGAGCCGCUCAAGCAGUGAAUCGACGGAAACCGGCCGACGCCGGGGGCGCGAUCGCGACUAGGACGCGGAGGCGGCGUGCGGUGGCAGCGGCGAUCGUAGCCGUGCCAGCAGAUAACGAACUACAGCCGGAGGAGAAGGCCGGCGACGGGAACGUAGUUGUGGAGGCGGCGGAGGCAGAGGAGGGGGAAGCGAAGGAAGGGGAAGGUUGCAGGGUGAUUUUGGAGGAGGGUUUGGGAGUGUCCUCACCUGCAUUGCAGAAGGAAGGCGUGGGAGAGAAGCCAAUGGACGAUUUUGACAGCGGAGCGGGGCGCAGCAACAAGGGACACGCGGGGGACGACGAGGGGAGCACGGCUCCUCUUCCUGAGAAGGUCCAGGUUGGUGGGUCCCCCAUGUAUAGAAUAGAGAGGAAAUUGGGAAAGGGCGGUUUUGGCCAAGUUUAUGUUGGUCGACGUGUUCCUGGUAUUAAUACCAAUGGGCCAGCGCAGGUGGCCUUGAAGUUUGAGCAUAGAAGUAGCAAGGGAUGUAACUAUGGACCCCCAUACGAAUGGCAGGUCUACAGCACUCUAGGUGGUAGUCAUGGUGUCCCCCGGGUACACUUCAAGGGUCGGCAAGGUGACUACUACGUCAUGGUUAUGGAUAUUCUGGGGCCAAGCCUGUGGGAUGUUUGGAAUAACAAUUCUCACACAAUGUCGACUGAAAUGGUUGCAUGCAUUGCCAUAGAAGCAAUAUCCAUAUUGGAGAAAAUGCACUCUAAGGGAUAUGUACACGGGGAUGUAAAGCCAGAGAAUUUUUUACUUGGCCCACCCGGGACUCCUGAUGAGAAGAAACUUUUCUUGGUUGACCUCGGAUUAGCGACUAAAUGGCGGGACAAUUCAACUGGUCAGCAUGUUGAGUAUGAUCAACGGCCAGAUGUUUUCAGGGGAACAGUGCGAUAUGCUAGUGUCCAUGCUCAUUUAGGGAGAAUUGGUAGCAGGAGAGAUGAUCUUGAAUCCCUUGCUUACACUCUGAUUUUCCUUCUCCGAGGUCGUUUACCCUGGCAGGGUUAUCAGGGAGAGAAUAAAGGCUUUCUUGUUUGCAAGAAGAAGAUGGCUACAUCUCCAGAAGCUCUAUGUUGUUUCUGUCCACAACCAUUUCGACAGUUUGUUGAACAUGUGGUGAAUUUGAAGUUUGAUGAGGAACCUAAAUAUGCAAAAUAUAUUUCCUUUUUUGAUGGGAUUAUUGGUCCAAACCCGGAUAUUAGACCGAUUAACACUGAGGGUGCUCAGAAGCUCAUCAUUCAGGUUGGUCAUAAGAGAGGACGCUUGACAAUGGAGGAAGACGAUGAAGAUGAUGAUGGACAACCAAAGAAGAAGCUUCGCUUGGGUAUGCCAGCGACUCAGUGGAUAAGUGUUUACAAUGCUCGCCGACCGAUGAAGCAAAGGUAUCACUAUAAUGUGGCGGAUUCAAGGCUUAAUCAACACAUUGAGAAAGGAAAUGAGGAUGGCUUGUUUAUCAGCAGCGUGGCCUCAUGUCAAAAUCUCUGGGCCCUUAUUAUGGAUGCUGGCACUGGAUUUGCUUCACAAGUUUAUGAACUCUCUCCUUAUUUUCUUCACAAGGAAUGGAUAAUGGAUCAGUGGGAAAAGAACUAUUACAUCAGUGCAAUAGCUGGAGCAUCUAAUGGGAGCUCGUUAGUGGUGAUGUCGAAAGGAACCCAGUAUCUUCAACAGUCUUACAAAGUCAGCGAUUCUUUUCCAUUCAAAUGGAUCAACAAAAAAUGGAAAGAAGGUUUUUAUGUAACUGCGAUGGCCACCUCGGGAAGUAGAUGGGCUAUUGUAAUGUCUCGUGGUGCGGGUUUUUCAGACCAGGUCGUGGAAUUGGAUUUCCUUUACCCAAGUGAAGGCAUACAUCGGAGAUGGGACUGUGGGUAUCGAAUCACAGCAACUGCUGCGACUUGGGACCAAGCUGCAUUUGUUCUUAGUGUACCAAGGAGAAGGCCAACGGAUGAGACCCAGGAGACUCUGCGAACUUCUGCUUUCCCAAGCACACAUGUCAAGGACAAGUGGGCAAAGAAUCUUUAUAUUGCAUCCGUGUGCUAUGGUAGAACCGUUUCUUGAGACCGUUGAAGCUCUGAAGAGAUGGCUGAGUGCUCCUUAUUUUGCUCUCUCGUAGUCUUGGCAUUCCUGGAGCUAAAGAUUAGUCUCUCGAUGAUAGAAAGCUUUGGCUAUUUGUUAAGUAGUGCAGCUUCUGUAGAAGUCAGCCUUUGUCCGUAGUUGUAGGAAAGUUUAAGUGCUCUUCUAGUUAAUGUUGUCGAUCAGCCAAGGCCCAAACGAGCGCUUUGUAUUGUUGCAUCUUGUCCUGCUCGAUAUCCAUAAUAUGGUUUGGGGUCUA